AUGUCUUGUUCAGCUUUUCUAACAUCUGAGCUGGACAUGUGUUCAUCUGUACGUACCAGAGUUGAAAGAGCCCUGGGACUAGAGAUGGCUACAGUACUGGCUAGUACGUCAUUGGCAAGGACAAGGGCUUCUACUAGUACCUUCACUAGUCGCGGAAUGUGUUUGCCCAUCUCCAGGCCCUACUUUUGGUGCGACAGGACUCCAGCUAGUAGGUCCCACCGAGAGCCAUCACGAGGAUCCACUCCAGACCUCAAUGCUGGACCAACUGCAACUCCAGCACUAGCACAAGCACCAACGGCGAGCCCCACCUCAGGCACAUCUUCAGCCCUCUCUUGGUUCAUCUUGUGGCGGAGGUAA